UGGCCUAGACAGUUCUGUCUGUCUGUUUUGUCAGAAGUCCCUUUCAAGGAAUCGAUCGUUCCAGUCUCGUGCAAACUCUUCCAGAGAGAGCGCGUUCCUUCCGUGCAUAAGGAGAAGCCGAGUCACCGUCCCGUUGACACUGCAGAGACAACAAGGCUACCUACAUCACUGACACUUGGUCCACACAGUACUGGAGUCUGGCUAAGAAUCAGAACGAGAGGAAUAACAAUGGCAAAGAAGCAGGUUUUCAGAGGCGAGAGGGCCUGAGGGACCCUGGGCUCUGGGCAUCAGAAGGUGGGAGGAGCAGACGUCGUGCAGGCACAUGGUGGCCUGGCGUGAAGAAAGGAUUUGGAAAUCAGGAACGGGAGGCUCUGGAAACGCGCCCACGGCCUUCUCCACCUCCUGCUCCAGAGCCUCCUGUCACCGCGGAGGACCUGGCGCCAUCUGUCUCCACAUGCCGAGCGUCCAGCGCGCAGACUUCUCUAAUCCCCGGAGGCCGGAACCCCAUUCCCCAGCGGCUGUCCCAGGACGCCCACACCAACCCUGCUUGCCGACCCCCGACCCAGACGCGCUCUCCUCCCAGCAAGGGUGGCUGUGCACAGAGCUGCUCAAACGGGGCCCCCGGGUCCCAGGCUAAAGACGGCUAACCCGGCCAUGCCCCUCCAUGAACCAACACAGCCCCGGCGACGUCCCUGACUAGAAGACGUAAGCCACAGAAAGCGGCUGACUGUCUCCUUCAGGAGUAACCCCCGUGCCUUCUCCUAGACCACACAACUGUGCCAAAAUGCGGCUUUUAUAAGGGACCGGGUGAGAGAGCAGUGACUUACCCACUAUCUGGGGAGCUGGAAACACCCACAGCGGAGGGGACCCCUCCCGGAGGAAGGCCAGGAGGGCAGCGUUUGCAGAAAAGGCCAUGUUCCGUCUGAAGACGUUGCCUCUCCUGAUCCUCCUGUCCGUGCGGCUCUCCCAGGCCUUCCCAGUCCCUGGGGGGUCCCCAGAAGAGACGGACGCACAAGUCGUUCAGGAUUACCUAGAAAAGUUCUACCAGUUACCAAGGAGAGGACUGCGGUCACAGAGGCAGAACAGCCCUAGCGUGAUCGUUGAGAAGCUCAAAGAGAUGCAGCGUUUCUUCGGGCUGAGCGAGACGGGGAAGCCAGACCGGCAGACGCUGGCGGUGAUGCGGGAACCUCGCUGCGGGGUGCCUGACAGCGGGGACUUCACGCUGACCCCCGGAAACCCCAAGUGGGAACAAACCAACCUGACCUACAGGAUUAUUAAGUACACCACACAGUUGUCAGAGGCCGAUGUGGAGGAGGCUAUUAAGAAAGCCUUUCAAGUGUGGAGCAACGCGUCACCCCUGACCUUCACCAAGACCUCGCAGGGAGAAGCAGACAUCAAGAUCGCUUUUGUCCAAGGAGAUCAUGGCGACAAUUCUCCAUUUGAUGGACCCAAUGGGAUCCUGGCUCACGCCUUCCAGCCGGGCCAAGGUAUUGGAGGAGACGCGCACUUCGAUGAAGACGAAAUAUGGACCAUAAAUUCCAGCAGUUACAAUCUGUUCCUUGUUGCCGCCCAUGAAUUUGGCCACUCCUUGGGGCUCGCACACUCCAUGGACCCCGGAGCCUUGAUGUACCCCAACUACGCCUUCCGCGACCCCAGCACCUACACCCUCCCCCAGGAUGACAUCAACGGCAUCCAGGCCAUCUACGGUCCUUCAAACAACCCCAUCCAACCAACCGGACCGAGCACGCCCACAGCCUGUGACCCCAGACUGACGUUUGAUGCUAUCACCACACUCCGUGGAGAAAUACUAUUCUUCAAAGACAAGUACUUCUGGAGGAGACACCCUCAGCUGAGAAGAGUCGAACUCAACUUCAUCUCCCUCUUCUGGCCGUCCCUGCCGGACGGCAUACAGGCAGCCUAUGAGGAUGUGGACAAGGACCUUGUUUUCCUAUUUAAAGGUAGCCAGUACUGGGCUCUGAAUGGCUAUGACAUUAAGCAAGGUUAUCCCAGGGACAUCUCAGACCACGGCUUCCCAAGCAGCGUACGAGCGAUCGAUGCGGCUGUUUAUUACAGGAGAAAAACCUACUUCUUCGUAAACGACCAGAUCUGGAGAUAUGAUAACCAAAGACAAUCCAUGGAACCAGGUUAUCCCAAAGCCAUAGCAAGUAUCUUUCCAGGAAUAGAAACCAGAGUUGAUGCGGUUUUCCAGCAGGAUCAUGUUUUCCUUUUCUUCAGUGGACCAAGAUAUUACGCAUUUGACCUUGGUGCUCACAGGGUCAUCAGGAUCGACAGAAGCCAGCGGUGGCUGAACUGCUGAGAAACCAAAGCCAAGUCGCGCUUGCUCGCACCCCUCGCUGCCCACAGAGGGAAAGCCCAGUUUGCACGGCCAUUUUCCUGCGUCCUGUUUAGACUCUUCCUAACAUAAGUAAUGCUGUUUGCUGUCACUGUCCUCACUGGACCUGCCUUCUGUGAACAUACAUCUGGAGUACCCGUUGUCUCCAGGUUCCUCUGAUUCCAUCUCGAGAGGAGAUGAAGCUUCCUUGUCCCCUCAAUAUCCACUCUACCAGUACUUGCUUACCUGACUUCUGCAAUGCUUGUGUACAACCUCAAUCUCCUUUCCCUGCUGUAUACAGUUCAGCACUGGGCUUUGGUGAAGGGUAGAGUCCAGGAACAGCAUGAACCGUGCCUCUCACCUUUACUAAAAACGUAGUGUUAUUCUCCACCCUCGGAAAAAAUACUGUGGAUCCAUGUUGUGGCUUGAAUUGUGUCUCCCAGAAAGAGAGGUUGAAGCCCAGUGGUAGGUACCUAUGAGAAGACCUUAUUUGGAACUAGGGUCUUUGAAGGUGCAACCAGGUAAAAGGAGGUUAUGCAGGAGCAGGCUGGACGUAAGGGCUGGGGUCCUCGCAUGAGGAGGAGCCACGCAGACACGUAGCCGACAGAGACACAUGAACAUAGAGACAGACACGCGAACGGCGCACCCGCAAGCCAAGAACAGCCAGCAACCACCAGAAACCAGGAGGAGGCGAGGAAGGAUCCCUCCUAGGACCUUCAGAGCAAAGAAUUUUAUCCUCCCCACACCUUGGUUUUAGACUUGUAGCUUCCAGAACUGGGAUCUAGCAAGCUAGGCUGGAGUCUGCGGAGCUUCCUUCCGGCAGUCCUGGGAUAUCUGACAGCUUAGUCAACAGGAAAGGACAAAGUUGAACCCUCUGUGAGGGUUACUGUCCCCUUCCCCAACAAGGAGAAAAAGGGGAGGUACCACAUUCUCUUCUGUCUCCGCCCUACUCUGUCCUUUUAGAGUCUAAGCAAGUGAGCUAGUGAAUGGACCUGUCGUUCCUUAUUUCUUCUUCUCCAGGGAUACACAGGAGGGCACAGUCUCCCCCAAGGAAGAUUUACUGCACAAACAGAACAGCACUAGGCACAGAAUUCAGUGAAUCCCAUUACAUUAAAGUAAGCUGAGAUGCAUACCUUUGAUAGUGCUUCUUUUCUGUCAAGAACUUUAGGGCUCUGGGACCACAAUGGCUAAUCCAGAUAUCAAAAAUCAUUAAAAUGUCAUAUCUGCAGUUGUUAGACUAUAAUGCAGCUUAUUACUCAUUAAGUAAGCGAAUUGUAGAAUAUAUGUAUUACUAACACAUUCUAUUUCCUUUUUCUGUUUUUAAGCCUCACAGAUAAUUUAGUAAUUCAGUACCUUAUUCUGGUUCAAAAAUUACUGGGUUCA